AUGGGGGUUAUGUGCCUCGUACGGAGAUCCAGAUUAGUGGUGUCCAUGAUUCUGGUUGUUGUACUCUGUGGUGUGUAUGCAUCAGACGCACAGCCAAUUGGAAAAGUUUAUCCGCGCGGAAAUCACUGGGCUGUUGGGCACUUAAUGGGCAAGAAAAGCACAGAUGAGCAGGUCAGACCAGAGGAAUCAGAAUUUAUGACGACCCCAGACCAGGAUCUGCAGCUGGAAAGAUUCAACAAACAUCUGUAUGCGCUCAUGACGGGACGGACAGGAGCGGAGAGAAUGCAGGACGGCACAGAGGGGAUCGAUGCUUCGAAACUUCUCCAGCGCAUGCUGACCAAAAGACGUCAGUGGGAGGAAGAUCACGAGAGAGACAGACAAGUCAAACUGCUUGAGGACUUCUUGUUAAAGGCUUUGAGAAUUCAGGAUGACAUCCAAAGCUGAGGACAAACUGGACGAAAGACUGUGGUUUGAAGUUCACUUGUCAACUAACUCAAAUACAAAUCACUUUAUUCCUCAACAUAUAAAUAAGCAUGUUAUAUUUUUGUAUGUCACUAUCUCAAGGAAAAUACACAUAAACUGAGUGUCAUUCUGUAUAUUUGAAGCUAUUAUUUUAUAAACGAAUUCAUUUUCUUGGUAACUGACACCAUAUAGUAAGCAUUGUAGUCAUAUCAGCUGAAUAAUAUAUAAUAAAUUUGAACUUGUUGGGCUAUCUGCGGUUUAUAAAAAUCACAGUGCUACUUAUAAUACAUUGCUUUCCAUGCAUUAUGAUUAAACAGUGAAUGUACUAAGCUUGAAUGCGCUAGUAGUGUCACAGAAGAGUAAAAAAACCCUGAAUUUCUCAUUUUGAAAGUAGAUGUAUUAUUGGUUUUGAUUGAUCUAUUGAGGUGGCAGGCCAUAAAUCGCUUAUUAAGCAUUCACUUAACAAAGGCAGACGGGUGACAUGAAAGCUCUUCACCGCACACUAAUGACCAUCUGAAUAAGUCAAUCACAACCUCUGCAUUGUCUGUGAGAACUGGCAGGAAAUUGUUGAUGGUCUGUCUGUGCGCAAUAAUGGCUUCAAUUAUUCACACCGGUGUUUCUUACAAUGAAAAAUGUCAAUUAGAGACACUUUCAUUUGGUUAAGUUCAUUUACUUCACUGGGAUGUGUGCUUUUCUCAUUUGUCACAGAUGAACGCCACUAAUAGAAAUUCAGCAUCAAUCAGAAUCUAAUGCAUCAUUGAUAAAGUUACUGGAAAAAUGUCAAAGAUUUGGUGAUGAUAGUCUUGAUGUGUGUUAAUGCAGAUGUAUGGGUUUGGUACAGGUGUCUUGAAUACAUUAAU